AUGUCUCUAAGAAUCCAAGCUUCCAGAUUGAUUGCUAACUCCCGUGUUAUCACUGCCAAGAGAGCCCUCUCUGUGGCUUCUCGUGCCACUCUAAGACCAACAGCUGCUAGACAAUUCGUCAAGCCAAUGGUUGCUACUCGUGGUCUAAAGCAGAUCAACUUCGGCGGUACCACUGAAACCGUGUACGAAAGAGCCGACUGGCCUCGUGAGAAGUUGUUGGACUACUUCAAGAACGACACCAUGGCCAUGAUCGGUUACGGUUCUCAGGGAUACGGUCAAGGUUUGAACAUGAGAGACAACGGUUUGAACGUUAUCGUUGGUGUGCGUAAAGACGGUGCCUCAUGGAAGGCGGCCAUCGAAGACGGCUGGGUUCCAGGUGAAACCUUGUUCGACGUGCACGAGGCCAUUGAAAAGGGUACCUACAUCAUGAACUUGUUGUCCGACGCUGCCCAAUCCGAGACUUGGAAUUCCAUCAAGCCAUUGCUAACCAAGGAAAAGACUUUGUACUUUUCUCACGGUUUCUCCCCCGUCUUCAAGGACUUGACGCACGUCGAGCCUCCUAAGGACAUCGACGUUAUCUUGGUUGCUCCAAAGGGCUCCGGUAGAACCGUGAGAUCUUUGUUCAAAGAGGGCCGUGGUAUCAACUCUUCAUACGCCGUCUGGAACGACGUUACAAACAAGGCUCACGAAAAGGCCCAAGCUUUGGCCGUUGCCGUUGGUUCUGGUUACGUCUACCAAACCACCUUCGAAAGGGAAGUCAACUCCGACUUGUACGGUGAAAGAGGCUGUCUAAUGGGUGGUAUCCAUGGUAUGUUUUUGGCUCAAUACGAAGUGUUGAGAGAAAACGGCCACUCUCCAUCCGAGGCCUUCAACGAAACCGUCGAGGAAGCCACUCAAUCCUUGUACCCAUUGAUCGGUAAGUACGGUAUGGAUUACAUGUACGACGCCUGCUCUACCACCGCCAGACGUGGUGCUUUGGACUGGUACCCAAUCUUCAAGGACGCCUUGAAGCCAGUUUUCCAAGACUUGUACGAGUCCACGAAGAACGGUUCCGAGACCAAGAGAUCAUUGGAGUUCAACUCUCAACCUGACUACAGAGCCAAGUUGGAGGAAGAAUUGCAAACCAUCAGAGGCAUGGAAAUCUGGAGAGUUGGUAAGGAGGUGAGAAAGUUGAGACCUGAAAACCAAUAA